AUGGCGCAGCAAGACGAAGACCAUGAGGCCAUCGAGCCCUCCUCCUCUUCCUCCGAGAACGACAGACAGCAGUCCCAAGCAAGCUCCGAUCCCCCUCCAAGCGUGGAUGCUGCACAAAAAAAGCGUCAUGGAAUGGUUUUCGACUAUAUCCGCCCAGAGGACCGCGCUGAGCUCUCGCGCAUUGCCUCAAAUUUCCCUCGGCGCCGUUCCGCCGACUCUGGCAUAUCUGAGAUGACAGCUGUCGAGCGCAACGAAACACUCGAUGGUAUAGAUCUAGAUAGCCCAGUUCUCGAUCCCAAGAGUGAUCAGUUCGACCAUUACAAGUGGGCCCGCAUGAUGCUCAAGCUGAUGGAUAAGGAGGGUGUUCCUAUCCGCAAAUCAACUGGUGUCUUUUGGGAGAAUCUCAAUAUUUCCGGCUCGGGAUCUGCAUUGCAGUACCAAAACAAUGUGGGAUCUGUCCCACUGGCGCUGUUUCGGCCACAAGAAUACAUCUCGUGUGGGGGUCGUUCGCCACAGAAAAGGAUCUUGCGCAAUUUCGAUGGUGUUCUGGAAAGCAGUGAGUUGUUGAUCGUGCUUGGGCGACCCGGGAGUGGUUGCUCGACGUUUUUAAAGACCAUUUCUGGCGAGCUUCAUGGAUUGAAGUUGGAUAAGGAAUCGGAUAUCCAGUACAAUGGCAUUCCUAUGGAGACGAUGCACAAGGAGUUCAAGGGAGAAGUCCUCUAUAAUCAGGAGGUUGACAAGCACUUCCCUCACCUCACUGUUGGUCAGACACUUGAGUUUGCUGCUGCGGCUAGAACUCCUGAGCACCGGUUGAACGGGAUCAGUCGGACUAGGUACGCCAAGCAUAUCACUCAGGUAGCCAUGGCUGUGCUUGGGUUGAGUCAUACAUAUAACACCAAGGUUGGAGAUGACUACAUCCGCGGAGUAUCUGGAGGUGAGCGAAAGCGAGUCAGCAUUGCUGAGAUGGCGCUUUCUGGAGCCCCCGUUGCAGCAUGGGAUAACAGCACUCGAGGUCUGGAUUCCGCCAGUGCCUUGGAGUUUGUCAAAUCCCUGAGAGUUUCUGCAAGCCUGAUCGGAAACUGUCACGCGGUUGCAAUCUACCAGGCCUCGCAAGCGAUCUAUGAUAUCUUCGACAAGGUAAUUGUCCUCUAUGAAGGUCGAGAGAUUUUCUUUGGCCCUUGCAAUCAAGCCAAGGACUAUUUCUUGGAUAUGGGCUGGGAAUGUCCCGCUCGCCAGACUACUGGUGAUUUCUUGACCUCUGUCACAAAUCCACAAGAGCGUACCGCUCGGGAAGGCAUGGAGAACAAAGUCCCUCGUAGCCCUGACGACUUUGAGAAAUACUGGAAGAGCAGUUCUCACUACGCUGCUCUUCAGAAAUAUAUCUCUCUUUAUCGGGAAGAGUAUCCGCUUGGUGGAGAGGCUGGAAAGAGCUUCAAUGAGACGAAGAGGCUGCGACAGGCAAAGCAUGUUCGACCCAAGAGUUCAUAUGUCAUUUCGAUUCCGAUGCAAGUCAAGCUUUGCACUAAGAGAGCUUAUCAACGGAUUUGGAACGACAAGCCUUCUACGAUGACAACUGUCAUUGGUCGCAUAGUUAUGUCCUUGAUCAUUGGAUCCAUUUAUUUCGGAACCCCCAACGCAUCCGCAGGAUUUCAAAGUAAAGGCGCAGCAUUGUUUUUCUCUGUCCUAAUGAACGCCCUCAUCAGUAUCACAGAGAUCAACUCUCUCUAUGAUCAGCGACCAAUUGUGGAGAAACAAGCCUCGUAUGCCUUUGUACAUCCGUUCACGGAGUCUCUAGGAGGAAUUGUUGCCGACAUACCUGUCAAAUUUGUAUCGGCCGUGGUAUUCAACGUCAUUUUCUACUUCUUGGCUAGUCUGCGAUACGAACCCUCCCAAUUCUUCAUCUUCUUCCUCUUUACUUUCCUAAGUACCCUCGCAAUGUCAGGUGUAUUCCGAACACUAGCAGCAUCCACGAAAACCCUCGCACAAGCCAUGUCCCUGGCUGGAGUCAUAGUUCUUGCAAUCGUCAUCUACACAGGCUUUGUGAUCACCGUGCCAGAAAUGGUCGUCUGGUUCAGUUGGAUUCGAUGGAUCAACCCGGUCUAUUACACCUUCGAAGCAUUGAUCGCAAACGAGUUCCAUGGUCGUCGCUUUACAUGCUCGCAAUUCAUCCCGGCUUACCCCAGUCUCACGGGUGAUUCAUUUAUCUGCGCCGUGCGAGGCGCUGUGGCGGGUGAACGAACUGUGUCUGGUGAUGCUUACAUUGAAACUCAGUACAGUUAUUCCUAUGCGCAUGAAUGGCGCAAUUUGGGUGUUUUGAUUGGAUUUUGGAUUUUCUUUAUAUCACUCUAUCUGCUUGCGUCGGAGCUCAACUCGUCAACAUCCUCGAAGGCUGAAUUCUUGGUUUUCCGGCGUGGCCAUGUCCCUGCGCAUCUGCGACAUCUCAAUAAGGGCAAAGAAAGUACAGGCUCAGCGGAGGUCAAGCAGGAGAAGCAUUCGGAAGAAGAGAGAGACACUUCUGCCAUUCCAGCUCAGCAUGAUAUCUUCACUUGGAGGAAUGUCUGCUAUGAUAUUCCCGUCAAAGGGGGCGAACGACGUCUGCUGGAUAAUGUCUCUGGUUGGGUCAAGCCCGGCACAUUGACAGCUCUUAUGGGCGUAUCUGGUGCCGGAAAGACAACCUUACUCGAUGUUUUAGCCAAACGUGUUUCUAUCGGUGUUGUCACCGGGGAUAUGCUGGUCAACGGAAAAGCCCUCGAUACCAGCUUUCAAAGGAAAACAGGCUAUGUUCAACAACAAGACUUGCAUCUUCCGACGAACACGGUUAGGGAAGCACUUCGUUUUAGUGCUUUGUUACGCCAACCGAAAACUGUUUCGAAGAAAGAAAAACAUAGGUAUGUUGAAGAGGUCAUCGACAUGCUUGGUAUGCAAGACUUUUCAGAUGCCAUUGUCGGCACACCUGGCGAAGGAUUGAAUGUUGAACAGAGGAAAUUGUUGACUAUUGGAGUCGAGUUGGCUGCAAAGCCUGCUCUCCUGAUUUUCCUUGAUGAGCCUACCAGUGGAUUGGACUCUCAGAGUUCAUGGGCUAUCUGUGCUUUCUUGCGAAAGCUUGCCGAGCACGGCCAAGCAGUUUUGUCGACAAUUCAUCAACCCAGUGCACUUCUUUUCCAGCAAUUUGAUCGUCUUCUGUUUCUCGCUAAAGGAGGUCGAACCGUCUACUUUGGUGAAAUCGGUGAUCAGUCGCGCAUUCUACUGGACUACUUCGAGGGCAAUGGAGCCAGGUCCUGCACUUCACAGGAAAAUCCUGCCGAGUACAUGCUCGAAAUCAUCGGCGCUGGUGCAUCUGGAAAGUCAACCCAAGACUGGCCCCAAGUGUGGAAUCAAAGCCAAGAAGCCAAAAACGUCCAAACAGAAAUCGACCGUAUUCACGAUGACCGAGCCGCAGCCAGUACCAGUGAUGAAAGUGAAUCCAAGACAGGCGAAUACGCAAUGCCAUUUACCUCACAGCUAUGGCACGUCACCUACCGAUCAUUCCAAGGUUUCUGGCGCGAACCAUCCUACGUAUGGGCAAAGAUCAUGCUGGCGACGAUGUCCGGACUAUUCAUCGGAUUCACGUUUUUCAAACCAGAUAAUUCUCUACAGGGAUUCCAGGAUGUCUUGUUCAGCGCUUUCAUGCUCACAUCUAUCUUCUCGACUCUCGUGCAACAGAUCAUGCCCAAAUUCGUAGUCCAGCGCUCUCUCUACGAAGUACGUGAGCGCCCCUCAAAGGCCUACUCCUGGGGUGCAUUCCUGAUAGCAAAUGUCAUCGUCGAAAUCCCAUACCAAAUCCUAGUUGGAGUCAUCAGCUGGGCAUGCUAUUACUACCCAAUCUACGGCGCUGCACAACCUUCCCACCGACAAGGUCUGAUGCUACUAUUCGUGGUCCAGUUUUACAUCUUCACGUCUACCUUUGCAUCACUGGUGAUUUCGUCCCUCCCCGACGCUGAAACAGGUGGAACUAUCGCCACACUCUUGUUUAUCAUGACCUUGACCUUCAACGGUGUCAUGCAGCCGCCGAAUGCCCUGCCCGGAUUUUGGAUCUUCAUGUAUCGCGUCUCGCCGUUGACGUAUCUCAUUGCUGGUCUUACUGCGACGGGAUUGCAUGGUCGACAGAUUCGAUGUUCCGGUGCUGAACUAAGUGUGUUUAAUCCUCCGUCUGGGCUGUCGUGUGGUGAUUAUCUUGCGCCGUAUCUUCAGGUUUCUGGCGGUCAGCUUUAUAACCCUGCUGCUGUGAGUGGGUGCCAGUAUUGUCAGUUGCAGAAUGCGGAUCAGUAUUUGUCCGCUAGUAAUAUCUUCUACGGCGAACGCUGGCGCAAUUUCGGUCUUGGCUGGGCUUAUAUCAUUUUCAAUAUUGCUGGCACUGUUCUGCUUUACUACAUGUUCCGGGUUAAACAUUACAACCCUACUUCGUUGGUGCGUGGUAUUGGACAGGGAGCUUCGUUCUUGUGUCGGGUAUUUAAGAGGCGUUCUGGACAGACGCCUAAGGGCAAGGAGGCUGAUAAUGGUCGGCUGGUUUGA